CAGGACAGGGACGAACAGAACAUCAAAGAGAUCGAAUUCUGAAACCUAUGGCUAUUUUUAGCAAAACCCUUUAUCAAUCAAUCUCCUUGUUUGAGUUUAUCUCCUUGUUUCUCGGAUAAUUGUGAUGAACAAAGCUGGAUCAGCCACAUCUUGCUGUCGAUGUUCUCUGUCAUAUAACUAAAGAAAACAAGAAAACAGAGUCAGCAUCCAACCCCUGUCACCACCAAAUCUCCUAAAAGGGCUCUGCUUUAAGAGAAAUUUGCGGCUCAUCCUUCCACUUAUCUCCCGCCGGAUAUCUAAGAGGAGGAAGGGGUGAGAAAAAAAAAAAAAAAACAGAGGAAGAAGUAAAAUUGAGAACGUUCCAGUCCUCCGAAAUGGGGCACAGCCACAACGUCCGUCGUGAGUCCCUGUCAGGGCACAUGUCCGUUGCCCGGCCGGACUACCACGUCGACGUUUAUGAGAACGAUCUCGUGUGGCCCUUCAACAAGCUCGACGGAAUCGACCGGGAUGACAUCCGUGCGACUGCAUACGAGAUCUUCUUCACGGCUUGUCGCUCCUCACCGGGUUUUGGAGGUCGGAACGCUCUUGCAUUUUACUCCUCUUCUAAUCUUGACAAUAGCGAUGGCACUUCGAGUCCGAAACCCAAAGGGGUUGUGAUGACACCCACCGGUCGGAUCAAACGGGCACUUGGGUUGAAAAUGUUAAAGCGCUCGCCGUCCAGGAGAAUGUCGACCGGCGGGAACUGUGGCUCGAAUCCACCCUCCCCCAGCUCUCAUGGUAAUAGUGGGGCUAGCCCUGGUUUGUCGAAUACUCUACCGUCGAUGAGACCCCGUCGGCCAAUGACGUCGGCGGAGAUUAUGAGACAGCAGAUGAAGGUUACAGAACAGAGUGAUAACCGGCUUAGGAAGACUCUGAUGAGGACUCUUGUAGGCCAAGUGGGAAGACGAGCAGAGACCAUAAUUCUUCCAUUGGAGCUUCUACGCCAUCUAAAGCCAUCGGAAUUCACUGAUGUAAAUGAAUAUCAUUUUUGGCAGAGACGGCAGCUGAAGAUCUUGGAGGCAGGGCUUCUUCUUCAUCCUUCCAUUCCACUUGAUAAAUCAAACACAUUCGCUAUGCGUCUUAGGGAGAUCAUUCGAGCGAGUGAAUCAAAGCCAAUUGACACGGGGAAGAACUCAGACACAAUGAGAACGCUAUGCAAUUCUGUUGUGUCAUUGUCUUGGCGGAGUGUGAAUGGGACACCAACGGAUGUAUGUCAUUGGGCUGAUGGCUUUCCUCUAAACAUUCACAUCUAUGUUUCUCUUCUUCAAACCAUAUUCGACAUCAGGGACGAGACGUCGGUACUCGACGAGGUGGAUGAACUUCUCGAGCUAAUGAAGAAGACAUGGUCGACAUUGGGAAUCACUAGGCCGAUUCAUAAUGUGUGUUUCGCUUGGGCGUUAUUCGAACAGUAUGUUGUGACAGCACAGCUUGAGCCAGACCUUCUUUGUGCUGCUCAUACUAUGUUGGCCGAGGUCGCAAACGAUGCCAAGAAGCCAGAUCGAGAGGCGAUGUACGUAAAGCUUUUGACAUCGGUAUUGACUUCGAUGCAGACUUGGGCCGAAAAGAGGUUACUUCAUUACCAUGAUUAUUUCCAGAGGGGGACAGUUGGUCAGGUGGAAAACCUUCUACCCUUAGCCUUAUCUGCAUCAAAGAUUUUAGGUGAAGAUGUUACCAUCACAGAAGGGGCAGGCCAAGACCGGGGAGAUGUAUUGGUGGUCGAUUCAUCCGGUGAUCGUGUCGACUAUUACAUCCGAUGUUCAGUACGAAACGCGUUUGGCAAGGUACUUGAGAAUGGGAAAAUCAAGGAAGCUAAAGGUGAGGGGAGCGAGGCUCUGCUUCAAUUGGCCAAAGAAACAGAGGAUUUGGCAUUAAAAGAGAGGGAAUGCUUCAGUCCCAUACUAAAGAAAUGGCAUCCAACUGCAGUAGGAGUUGCAGCAGUUACAUUACACAACUGCUAUGGAAGCAUGUUGAAGAAGUAUCUGGGCGGGGUGACGAUGUUGACGAGCGAGACGAUCGGUGUUUUUCAUCGGGCUGGAAGAUUAGAGAAGGUGUUAGUUCAAAUGGUGGUUGAGGAUUCAGCUGACUGUGAAGAUGGUGGGAAGGCAAUUGUGAGAGAAAUGGUUCCUUUUGAAGUUGAUUCCAUUAUAUUGAACCUCUUGAAAUCAUGGGUUGAUGAGAGGCUAAAGAAACAAAGAGACUGUCUGAGUAGAUCAAAAGAAUCAGAAACUUGGAACCCGAGGUCGAAAACGGAACCGUACGCGCAGUCGGCUGUGGAGUUGAUGAAGCUAGCUAAGGAAACAGUGGAGGAGUUCUUUGAAAUUCCUAUUGGAGUCACUGAAGAAUUGGUUCGAGAGAUUGCUGCUGGGUUAGAGCAUAGCUUCCAAGACUAUAUCACAUUUGUGUCAUCAUGUGGUUCAAAGCAGAGUUACAUCCCACAACUGCCUCCUCUAACCCGUUGUAACCGAGAUUCGAAGUUCGCCAAGCUGUGGAAGAGAGCCACUCCUUGUAGUGUUGUCGGAGAAGAAACGACGCAUCAUCUUGGUUCUCAAGAAGGUAAUCAAACGCGAGCGUCGACCAGCCGAGGAACGCAACGGCUAUACAUUCGCCUAAACACAUUGCAUUAUAUGUUGUCCCACCUACAUUCACUCAACAAAAUUCUUUCCCUUUCUCCUAAAGUCACUGCUUCAACAGGCCUCCGUUUCAACAGUUCUAAAUCAUACAGAAACUCAUCUUACUUUGAACUUUCCAACAGAAGCAUUGAAUCAGCUUGUCAACAUGUAUCAGAAGUAGCUGCUUUUCGUCUGAUAUUCCUUGAUUCAAGUUCUGUGUUUUACGAUACCUUAUAUACAAACGAUGUCGCAAAUGCUCGGAUUCAACCAGGAUUGCGAGUUUUGAAACAGAACCUUACCUUAUUAUGUGCAAUUGUGACUGAUAGAGCUCAGGCCUUAGCAAUGAAAGAAGUGAUGAGAGCCUCUUUUGAAGCAUUUUUAAUGGUUCUUCUAGCUGGAGGGUCCUCUAGAGUGUUCUAUCGUUCCGAUCACGAGAUGAUCGACGAGGAUUUUGGAUACUUGAAAAAGAUAUUCUGCGACUGCGGUGAGGGAUUUCUUCAAGAGAAUAUCGUCGAGCGAGAAGCCGAGGCCGUCGGAGGAGUAAUAGCAUUGAUGAGCCAAGGUACUGAACAACUGGUUGAAGAUUUCAGCAUUGUGACUUGUGAAACAAGUGGAAUAGGAGUUAUGGGUUCUGGACAAAAGCUACCUAUGCCUCCGACCACCGGACGUUGGAACCGAGCCGAUCCGAACACCAUCUUACGUGUUUUAUGCCACCGGAAUGAUCGAGCUGCCAAUUUAUUCUUAAAGAAAACAUUCCAAUUAGCAAAAAGAAGGUGAACCAAAUCUUCUCUUGUAUAAUAAAGCAGAGACAAACACAAACACAAACACAAACACAGAGUAUGUAUGUGUGUGUAUACUACCAACUUUAAAUGAAGCUUGAGAGAUAUUGAGGGAGGCUCAUUGCAUAAAUAUUAUUAACAUACCAAAGUUCUUAAGAUAUCAACUCAUUCCUUUCUGUUUC